CUUCUGAGUUUAUUUCUUUAUUGGAAUGGAUUUAGAGAAAUUGAGCAUUACAUAACUUACAUAACAUAAGACUAUCCACUGUUAUCCUCUCAUUUCAAAAUCUGCCAAUGUAUUCAUUUAAAACUGUUGGACAGUUGUAAAGUGUGCUUGAUCUGUGCAUAUUUCUCUCCUGAUUCAGACAUGACAACUUUUUCACUGGAGAAAUUAAUAUUAUGGAAAGAGGAGUUAUAUUUCAGCUAGAAGCAAUGGUUUGAAGUCAAAAAUGUCUUGAAGUUGUUUCUGGCAAACAGGCAGCUUUUCACUUCAAAAGAUUUAACUGAUGGACAGGAGAGGUGUAGAUUAUUGUGAUGUUUGUAUCAGCUGUUCGGACUCUCAUUCUGACGGCACCCAUUCACUGCAGAGGAUGCAUUGAUGUAAUGCUUAUGUUAUGUAAUGCUUAUUCUCCAAAUCUCUUCCAAACUCAAGUAUAUCUCAGAUGACCUGGGGGUGAGUACUAUUCCUUUAACAUAAAAGUGAAGUUUUCAGUAUUUUGUGUUCUGGUAAAACUUGAACUGGCAUUGUUUCUCACCACAGAUGCUCAGUCAAAGCCACUACAGCUUGACGGAGGUUUCAGCUUGCUUGAAUUGCAAGGAAAAGCCUUCCGGACCACCAGGAUUAGCUGUCCGGUCCUGUAGCUGCUCGAAUAGUUCAUCAUCAUCUGGUUGCAUGCAGGUGUAUGAAAGGGUGCGGACUGAGGUCACAGGGUUACUAUGGUGCAACACCUGAGCUAUCAUACAUCGUCACGACAACAGAGGAGGGUCCUUCCUGCACAGGUUACUCAAAAACAACUCCAUCCACCCCUGAAAAGAGCUUGUUCACCAACACACAGAACUUCACUUCUCAGCUCUCAACGAGGUGCUCUGCAGCAGUAAUGCCCAGUAAACUGGAGGGAGCCAUGGAUGCGCUCAUCACCGUCUUUCACAACUACUCAGGGAGCGAGGGAGACAAAUACAAACUCAGUAAAGGAGAGCUGAAGGACCUUCUCAACAGUGAACUCACCGACUUCCUCACGUCUCAGAAGGACCCCCAUCUAGUGGAAAAGAUCAUGAACGAUCUGGACUCCAACAAGGAUAACGAGGUCGACUUUAACGAGUUUGUGGUGCUGGUGGCGGCUCUGACGGUUGCAUGCAAUGACUUCUUCCAGGAACAACAGAAGAAGAAAGGCAAAUGAAACGGAUGCAUGAAAGUAACUGCACGUCCAUGAUGCGUUAAAGCGUUUGUUAUGAACCAGACCACGUCCUUAUGCUAGCCGUUUACUGUCAAUCCUUGGUUUGUAUCAAAAGCAAACUGACCAAAAAAUAACAAUACAUUAUGUAUUUAAUUUGUUUAAAAUGAUGUUUAUUUCUGAAAUGAUAGGAUGUAGUUAUAAACUGAAAGCUGGACUUUAUCAUCAUAUAUCUGUAGAAUACAGUGGAUCUGAUAGUGUGUAUGUCUUCUGCUUCUAUGUUCCUCUCAUGUUUUUUUCAUUCAUUAAAUCAUAAAACCUAAGCUCAA